CGGAUCAGAGAUGGAUCAAGCCGGAAAUCUUCCUGGUUUGCUGCUAAAACCUGAAACGAAACUGAGAAAAGCAGACAUCCAGCAGCUGUUGGUGAGGACAGAGGAGGUUCCCUGUGAGCAGCAGGAGUGGAGCUCCAGUCUGGACCAGGAGGACCCAGAGUGCCCUCACAUUAAAGAGGAACAGGAGGAACUCUGGACCAGUCAGGAGGGAGAGCAGCUUCAAGGACUGGAGGAGACUGAUAUCACCAAGUUCACAUUCACUCCUGACCCUGUGAAGAGUGAAGAUGAUGAUGAAGAAUCAGACGUCCAGCAGCUGUUGGUGAGGACAGAGGAGCUUCCCCCUGAGCAGCAGGAGUGGAGCUCAACUCUGGACCAGGAGGACCCAGAGCCCCCACACAUUAAAAAGGAACAGGAGGAACUCUGGACCAGUCAGUCAGAAUCAGUCUGUAACUUAAAUCCAGAUCGUCCUUUACAGCUGUAUCCCGACAAUAGGGUGUCAGACUCCACAGACUGUAAGACUGAAGGUGAUUGGAUGGAGACCAGGGAACCUCAGUCAGUUUUAAACUCCCUGAAAAUUAUUGAAGUCCCUGCAAAUGAUGUGAGAUGUAGCACAGGCAAGAAAACAUACAGCUGCUCCGAGUGUGGAAAAAUUUUUGGCCGCAGCCCACAUCUGAAGAUUCACAUGAGGACUCACACAGGAGAGAAACCAUUCAGCUGCCCCUUUUGUGCUAAAAGUUUCACACAGAAGGUAAAUCUGACGUAUCACAUGUCCGUCCACACAGGAGAGAAAAGAUUCAGCUGCCGUUUUUGUGACCAAAGGUUCACUUGGUAUACGCAGCUCAAAAGCCACCAGUGUGUUUGUGAGUCCUCACAGCUUCAUCAAAGUGAGAUUGAGGAGAACAGAGAUGCAGAGCCAGGUGAGAAAUCAUUCAGCUGCUCUGAGUGUGGGAAAAUCUUCAGCCGCAAGGACAAUCUGAACAUUCACAUGAGAAUCCACACAGGAGAGAGACCAUUCAGCUGCACAGUGUGUGGGAAAAGCUUUAAACAUGGAGGACAUCUGACACAACACAUGUCUGUCCACACAAAGGAGAACAGGUUUAGCUGCAGUGUUUGUGACAAAAGAUUCACGUGGCUCUAUCAGCUUAAAAGACACAAGUGUGGCGGUGAGUCCUCACAGCUUCAUGAUCUCUGGACUAGUCAGGAGGAGGCUGAUAUCACUAAGUUCACAUUCACUCCUGUCCCUGUGAAGAGUGAAGAUGAUGAUGAUGAAGAGGAGAAACCUCAGCCCUCACAGCUUCAUCAGAGUCAGACUGAGGAGAACAGAGACUUUGUGGGAGGAGAGGACUGUGGAGGACCAGGACCAGCCAGGAACUCAGAUCCAGCAAGACAUUUACAGUCAGAUACUGAUGAUAAGACCAAAGAUUUUGGUUGGAAAGAAACUCAUGAACAUGAGUCUGUAAAAGUGCCUGGAAUUGAUUCAGGAUGUAACACUGUCAAGAAAUCAUUCAGCUGCUCUGAAUGUGGGAAAAUAUUUGGCCGCAAAGAACAUCUGCAGACACAUGUGAGGAUUCAUACAGGAGAGAGACCGUUUAGCUGCUCCGACUGUGGUAAAACAUUCGGCUGUAAGAGGUCUCUGCUGGGCCACAUGACAAGUCACACCGGAGAGAAACCAUUCAGCUGUUCUCAGUGUGGGAAAAGAUUUGGCCGCAUGGUCAAUCUAAAGACACAUGAGAGACUUCACACAGGAGAGAGACCGUUCAGUUGUCCAUUUUGUGGUAAAGGUUUCACACAGAAGGUGCACAUGACUCAACACAUGGCUGUCCACACGGGAGAGAAACAGUUCAGCUGUAGUAUCUGUGACAAAAAGUUCACGUGGCUGUCGGGGUUCAGACGACACAAGUGUGGCAGUGAGCAGUCAGAGCUGGAGGACACUGAGGAGAACUCAGAGGUGGAACCGGGCGAUAAACCGUUCCGCUGCCGUUGUGACGAUAUUUUCUUUGCAGAUGUCUGUGUUGAUAGAAAGAGUCCAGACCCCUGA